GAGAAGGGAGAGAAGGAUAGAAAGAGAGAGGAUGUCUUGACACACUGCGAAGGAGAUCCGACUUGUUAUCAGCAGACAGAUCAAGUUUGCAAUGAUCUCAGGCCGAAGACCAUGGAGGACGUCCCAGAGAGUGACGUGGGAAGAGAGAGCGCAGGCGUGGUGAGAGAGAGCGCACGCGUGGGGAGAGAGAGCGCAGGCGUGGGGAGAGCAGGAGAGCAAGUCUUACUACAGAGUGAUGGGAACACUGUCAGAGAGAGUGCAGACGAGGACAGGGAGAGAGAGGACGAUGUAGCGAUCAAUUCGAAAAGAGAGAUGAGAGGUGGGAAGAGAGAAAGAGAGGAUGAACCUGGACCUCAUUGCCGACAUGAUGCUGCUCAUUGCCAAGAUGUCCUGGUGCAUGCCUUCAGCUUUCUCGAUGUCAGGAGCAGGUAUCGGGCAGGCGCAGUUUGCAAGAGCUGGAAUAGAGCGUCCUGGGAUCCCGGCUGCUGGAAGGCGGCCGACGCGACACGCAGCAAAUUACGGAUCCGAUCCCGACGGGAAUCUAGGGAGCUUUUAUACUCUGCAGCUCAUAGCCAGCAAUUGCCCCCUCCUUGAGACUCUGGUACUCGAGUAUCCGAAGCUCGACGAUUGGCAAUCGAGUUCACAAGGAUGGAUGCUGGCCGUUGAUGCGCUCGAGAGAGGAUGUCGGUCGCUGCGCGAGGUGGAUCUCGAAGUGUGUCCAGACAGUGUUCAAUGCGAGGAGCUCACAGUGGAACUGGUCACGCGUUUUCCACUGCUGACCGCUUUGCGCCUUUACGGCACCGACACUGAUGACGAUUCCCUGCGCGUGAUCUUAACAAAACACCCUAAUUUGGAAUUUCUGCAAUUGACCGCAGAGGACCUAAUCACGGACGCCAGCUUGGUUAUGAUUGGCAGCAAACUGAAGCGCUUGAAAACUCUAGAGGUGGGAUGUUGCAUUGAACUGACGGAAGCGGGUUUGAAAUCCUUGCGCUUGGAACGGAAAGAUCUGAAAGUCGUAGUGGAAGAGUAGGGCCCUCCCUAUGUAAUUAGUAUUAUAUGAUAUGAUAUGAUUAGGCGUGUAGCUUAACAGAUAUGAUUAGGCGUG